AUUUUAUUACUGACAUUACUGAUCUGGCGCGAAAUAAACAGAAUUCUUAUGUGAUUUUUGAGGCCUGUUUUUGCAAGCUUUGUUUGGUAUUGCAAUUUUUUAUAAAACUUUUCUUAUUUAGUGAAAAUGGUAGGAAAAACUACUACGAAGUUGUACGUUAUGAAAAGAGAUGGUAGAAAAGAGGCCAUUCAUGUGGAUAAAAUUACUUCUAGAAUCCAGAAACUAUGCUACGGUCUGAAUAUGGAUUUUGUAGACCCUGUGUCUAUAACUUUAAAAGUUAUCAGCGGGCUUUAUCCUGGUGUCACGACUUUGGAAUUAGACACUCUAGCUGCUGAAACGGCAGCUAUGAAGACCAUUGAUCAUCCAGACUAUGCAGUUCUAGCAGCUAGAAUAUCUAUGUCCAAUUUACAUAAGGAGACCAAGAAACAAUUCAGUGAGGUCGUUGCCGACUUAUACAACAUGGUAGACUCCCGCACCCACAAACACACGCCAAUGAUAUCUGACUACCACUACGACAUCAUCAUGAAAAACGCUGACAGGCUCAACUCCUGUAUCAUCUACGAUCGCGAUUUCUCAUACAGCUACUUUGGCCUAAAAACCCUAGAGCGCUCUUACUUACUAAGAAUCAACGGGAAAAUCGUCGAACGCCCCCAACACAUGCUUAUGAGGGUCUCCGUCGGCAUACAUGGAGAAGACAUCGAAGCCGCCAUCAAAACUUACAAUCUUUUAUCGGAAAAGUAUUUUACGCACGCUAGUCCUACGCUUUUUUCAGCUGCUACUCCUAAACCACAGUUGUCUUCCUGUUUUCUUCUGAUGUUACCAGAGGAUAGUAUAGAAGGGGUAUUCGCGCUGUUGUCACGUUGCGCUUACAUCUCCAAAUCAGCGGGCGGCAUCGGCAUCAAUGUACACAACGCUAGAGCUAAAGGUACGCUAAUAAAAGGCACUCAUGGUAAAUCUAAAGGUUUGGUACCGUUGUUAAGAGUGUUCAACAACACUGCUAGGUACGUAGACCAAGGUGGCAAUAAACGACCAGGAGCCUUUUCCGUAUACCUUGAACCUUGGCAUGCUGAUAUAAUAGAUUUCUUGAAUUUGAAGAAAAAUACCGGCAAAGAAGAAUUAAGAGCAAGGGAUUUAUUUUUUGCAUUAUGGAUACCGGAUCUUUUUAUGAAACGUGUUGAAGCUAACCAAAAUUGGUCGCUCAUGUGCCCGCAUCUAUCGCCAGGACUAUCAGAUUGUUACGGUGACGAUUUCGAGCAACUUUACGAGAAAUACGAAGCUGAAGGCAGGUACGUCAAGCAGCUACCGGCUCAAGAACUUUGGAAGGCUAUAAUAGUAUCCCAAGUUGAAACCGGAACCCCUUAUAUGUUGUACAAAGAUGCGUGUAAUAGAAAAAGCAACCAACAAAAUUUGGGUGUGAUCAAAAGCAGCAAUUUAUGCACCGAAAUUGUUGAAUAUACGGCCCCCGAUGAGAUAGCUGUGUGCAACCUAGCUUCUAUAGCUGUAAAUAUGUUUGUAAGUCCUGAUAGACAAAGUUACGAUUUCGUUAAAUUAAAAGAGAUCACCAAAGUGGUUACUAAUAAUUUAGAUAAAAUCAUUGACGUUAAUUAUUAUCCUGUACCUGAAGCUGAGACUUCCAAUAAACGCCAUAGACCUGUAGGAAUUGGUAUACAAGGAUUAGCAGACGCUUUCAUUCUAAUGCGCAUGCCUUUCGACAGUGCAGAAGCUAGUUUGCUUAACAAGCAAAUUUUCGAAACCAUAUAUUAUGGUGCCUUGGAAGCUAGUUGUGAGAUAGCUGCAAUUAAAGGUACUUAUUCGACUUACCAAGGUUGUCCUGUCAGUAAAGGUGUUUUACAGUACGAUAUGUGGGACGUUACCCCAACAGAUCUAUGGGAUUGGGCUGCACUGAAAGCUAAAAUAGCUAAACACGGUGUCAGGAAUUCUCUACUGUUGGCACCGAUGCCAACAGCUUCAACAGCUCAAAUUUUGGGAAAUAAUGAGUCGAUUGAACCGUACACUUCGAAUAUCUACACCAGAAGGGUCUUAUCGGGUGAAUUCCAGAUUGUUAACCAGCAUUUAAUUAACGAUUUAACCGAUAGAGGUCUCUGGGACGACACCAUGAAGAAUCAGAUCUUGGCUAAUCUCGGUUCUAUCCAAAAUAUCCCUAGCAUACCGGACGAUUUAAAAGGUAUUUACAAAACCGUUUGGGAGAUAUCACAGAAGGUGAUUUUAAACAUGGCCGCCGAUAGAGGGGCUUUUAUAGAUCAAAGUCAAAGUUUGAAUAUACAUGUAGAGAAACCAAAUUAUGGAGUUUUAUCUUCGAUUCAUUUUUACGGUUGGAAAAAAGGGUUAAAAACCGGUAUGUAUUAUUUGAGGACGAAAGCUGCAGCUAAGCCGAUACAAUUUACUGUUGACAAGAAUAAAUUGUUUGUUAAAAAUGAGCAAAAUGGUGAGGCGGAAAUUGUGCAGAACGGUGAAGCGAAGGUUACGCAAAAUGGUGAAGGCGAAGUGAGGCAAAAUGGCGAUGCUAAGGUUGUGCAAAAUGGAGAAUUGAGUAAUGGAAUAAAGGAACUGAAAAUAAAUGGUAAUUAAUAUGUAAGUUCGAAAUAAACAAAUUAUAAUAACAUUGUGAUAAAGUAGUAGAAUUUUAAGUUAGUAACGUUUUAUACUAUGUGUCGAGUGCCUUGUAAGUUUUUUGUGUAAGAAUUAAAACUGUCCAAAGAUAAAAACCCUUUUUAGAUAAUUAAUUUUUAAUAAUUAUGGUAUUUUUUAAGAAGCAUGGUUGAGUUUAUUUUUCGCCUAUUAGAAAAAUGCAGAUUUUUGUGAAAUUCUAGAAUUGUUCUAAAAAUAUAGAUAUUUUCGAGAAUUGAAAAAAAAAAAGAAAUGAAAAUAUUAAAAUAGUAAAAAAAGGUAUACUCCUGGAAAGUUUGUAAAAGAACGAUUUUUUUUAAAAAUAAUUAAAAUUUUUAUAAAUUUCGUAAAAAAAAAAACAAAAAUUGUAAACCUCCAGAAGUCGUGAAACAUUUAAAAUUUUUCAGUGUAAAAAUUCGUUUUCAAAAAUUCCUAAAAGUAUAUUAUACGAUCAGAAAAAUGAGAAUUUGUUAAAAAUUUUCUGAUUAAAAUAAACGGUUUUCAAAAUAUUUUCGAAAAGGUAUCAAUUUUUUUAAUAUGUAAUUUCCAAAAAUUUUUAAAAAUUAUU